UCAGUACGCAGUAUAGCAGUAUAUACCGUAUACAAAAGUCAAAUCAUAUAAACUGAAGUAAAAAAAAUAAUCACUGAUUUAACUAAAAUUAAAUUUGAUAUUGCUCAAAAAUGGUUUUGUGGAAAAGAGAAUCAAGUGGUGGUUCAUAUAUCGACUUAUGGGCACUUUAUGAACCCCGCAAUUUUAUAGACAAGGCAAAUUUAAUCAGCGGCUUAAAGAUGCUGGAAAUUGGUUGUGGAAAGAAUGAUAUAACUUCAACUCAACUCCGUCACGUAGGCAACGAAAAGUUUGAAGAAAAAUUAUGGCAUCUCGCGAUGGAAUUCUACAAUCGGAGUUUACGGCUUGCCAUUAAAGGAUCCGAAAAUGUUGGUUUUGCAUAUGCCAAUCGAUCGGCGUGUUUUUUAAAGUUAAAAAAAUACGAUCAAUGCCUUGUUGAUAUCGAGUUAGCCAAAAACUCAAAGUAUCCACCACGGUUGAUGUCAAAAUUGGAAAAACGAGAAGCGGAAUGCAGAAAACAGAUGAAAAAAUUAAGUGAUAUCGAACCAAUUGUGAGGCCAGUGCUGAGUUUUCCACCAAACAAAAACUUUCCAUGUAUGGCCAACGUGUUGGAAGUGCAAAGCAACGAAGAAUACGGUAAACAUAUUGUGGCAAAGUGUGAUAUCGAAAUGGGUGAAAUUGUAAUGUUGGAAGAAGGAUAUGUUUCGGACAUCAGUUCAAGUGAUCAAAUACGUUGCCACACUUGCAAAGAACCAGAAAAAAAUUUCCUUCCUUGUUUAAACUGCACUGACGUUAUGUUUUGCGAUCAUCAAUGUAUGGAAUCUAACGAAAUGCACAAAAUGACAUGUGGUGCAUCAUAUUAUCGCUUAAAAGGAGCUCAGUCAGUGGUAGAAUCAAUUGUGACGGCUGUCACCGCUUUUGAUACUGUGGAUGAAUUGAUGAAUUUCGUUGAAAGAGCUUUGUGUACCCGUGAUUUCGAUUCACCAGAAUGCAAAUCAGAUGCACAAAUAAAUUACCGCAUGUUUUUGAAAUUGUUGGGACUACCAAAAAAGACGGAUCCAAUGUUGGAAAUUUUGAAAGUAUAUCAAUUGGUACUGAGCAUUCCAACCAUCAAGCGAUUUUUUGAUUCCAAAGAUAAAGAAAAAUUCCUUAUGCAUCUAACGUUUCAGCAUUUUCUAAUCAUAAAGAGAAACGGAAUAACGGUUGAUUACGAUUUGGAAGGUCUUUACAAUCCUAUUGAAAUCAUGGGCAAUAUAUUCUCGUUUUUCAACCAUUCGUGCUUACCAAAUAUAUCACACACUGAAAUUGGUAAUGAGCUGGUUGCCUUGACAAUUCUUCCAGUAUCAAAAGGCGAACAAUUGUUCAUUAAUUAUAUGGAUAAAAAACAACCAACGAGAGAGCGGCAAUUACAUUUGCGCAAUUCAUUCGAAUUCAAUUGUAAAUGCAGUAAAUGUGUUCCACGUGUUGAAGAAGGAGAUUUUUCAAAAAUGCAAACAGAUCCAGACUACCAAUUUAUUCGUAUGUUUUAUCAAACUUAUCGUUUGGAGCAUAAACACCGUUUAAUACUGAAGGAAAAAUCAAAAAAAUUCCUACAAAAAUAUAUACAAUUCAAAUGGUCAGAACAAAUUGAAUAUGCUUCAGUUUGCUUUUCCAACUGUAUGCUAAAGGAUUUCGGUUUACAAUUUAGUAUUUGAGCAAUUUUGUAGGCUUUAAUUUCCAAAACGUAGCCAAAUCUAAGCUGUA